UCUGUUGAUAGUAAGGAUAACCGGUAUACAUAUUGUAAGUACUGUUACCAUAGUUACAAGACUGGUAUGCCGAUGGUACCAUGGAAGAACUGCUGACAUCAUUAAGUAAAUGAGACAUGAGUAGAGGAUUGGUAGUAGAGCUGCUGUAGGAGGUCGGUGUUGGGGGGCUACUGGAAUGGUUGAAGGUCGUUUGUGAAGGGUUAUAGCCCAAUGCACUGUAGUUGUGAGUAGGGUCAUAGCUUGCAGACGUCAUCGGCAUAUAAUGAAGGCUGAAAAACAGAAACAGAUAAGCAUGAUACGACUGGGAAUCACUGGCAAGAAUAUGUGUUUCAACUGGGGCCUCCAUAAUUAAUUAUGAGAUAAAGAAUCGAAUACAAACAUGGCGAUUACAAAAAUGAAGGUCAAGUCAAGCCCAGAAGAAAAAAACACAAAGAAACGAGGUGGCAUACAACCUAGAAGUAGAACUAAAUAUACAGUUUCACAGUUACAAGCUAUGGAGAAUAUAUUUUUUACAACACAAUAUCCAGAUUCCUGCGCUAUUGAAGAUUUGAGCAAAUCUCUUGGUGUUAGCAUUGAAAGAAUAUCGAUCUGGUUUCAGAAUCGUCGUUCCAAAUUCAAACGCCAGUCGAAAGGUGUCCACAUGGCCUGGAUGAGAAAACAGAUUUUUAACCAAGAUUCCCGCCAAACUCCAGUUGGUUUACCUGUUACGCCUGGCCAGUCAUCACCAGAGAAUCGCCACUUGCUUUCUCCCGUAGAAGAGACAACACACAAAGCUAACUUAACCCAAGAAAACCCCAGAUCCAAUCUUCAUUAUAUGCCGAUGACAGCUUCAAACUACAACCCUGUCUUCAAUACUGUGGCAACCGCUCCUCCAUCAACAACCUUCAACUUGAAUUCUGUGCCAAGCACUUCUUCGGCGACGACUUUCAACUUGAAUUCAAUGGCACCUACAAUUUCACCAGCGACCUACAGUUCAAAUUCUGCGACCCCUCUUUCCUCGCCAACGACCUACAACUCAAGUUCUGCAACCCCACUUUCCUCGCCAACGACCUUCAACACCAGCCCAAUGACAUCUGAUUCAUCGCCGACGGACUACAACUAUUCCUCGAUGACACCAUCACCAACCUAUAAUACGUCUUCUACCAAUCCAUUCUCGAUGUCCCAGUUGCUGAAUGAUGCUUCAUAUCCUUCCACGGUAACGCCAGGGUAUCAGUCUUGUAGCUAUGGUAACGGUAGUGCUUAUGAUAUGUAUGACAGUUAUUCUUAUUACCCACAGAUGAAUCCUUACUACACACAGCAGAUGCAUUCAAAUUAUUAUCAACAUGGUUUAGGAGUUUAAGGUAUUGGUAAUACAAAAAGAAAUUGGAGUUUUAUUAUUUGAAACCAUGAAAUGGGUAACAAAUUGCGACAAUGAGGAAUACUACAGGAACUAAUCAUCUUUGUCGAAUUGUGUGAAACUGAUGUGUUAUUAUGCAUUAGUGAUGAUUAAAAUUUACUUUCAGUUAUUUUUGGGUGUGUUUGUGCUUAAAAUGUCGACAGUGGAAUUCAAAAUCAGCUUCACUGUGGAUAUAGAAUUUUAAUGUAGACACUACACCACAAAGCAAACACAAAGACUUGAAUAAGACUAUAAUCUAAUGCAAUUUGUAAAUGUUUUGUAUAUAGAGACAUUGUUAAUUUCGUGCAUCAUUGUUAGU